AUGUUGGUCCGUGAUUUUUGGUUAUUAUUAGAUUUAUUCGACACGCAAAAUAUUGAUGACUGUAACGUAUAUUUGUUAGGACGACUUUCUAGAUCUGUCUCAGAACGCGACAUCGACGAAGCUUUUGGAAAAUACGGAAGAAUCCGUGAAGUGGAUAUGAAGAUCGGCUUUUGCUUUGUUCAGUUUGACGAUCCGAGAGACGCAGAUGACGCGAUGAGGGCUUUAGACGGUGUUCGAAUCCCAGGAAAUGACGAAAGAAUAUUAGUGGAAUUUGCCAGAGGGAGCACUUGGCGUGGUGCUCGAGACAGUGGCAGUCGUGGUAGUGGAGGUCGUUUUGAUGGACGUUCUCCUGAAAGAUGUUUUAAUUGCGGUCAAAUCGGGCCAGAGAUUGCCGCCAGGAAGUGGCGAACGCUCUCGAAGGUAGUAAUUUUCUUUUAUCAAUGUCAAGUUCAUUAUGCUUUUUGCAUCUUUGAUACUGAAGUUAUUGAUGAUUAUCAGAUACGAAGAAAACCGUUGCUUUACCUGCGGACAGCCGGGGCAUCGUGCUAG